UCGAGCCGAGCAUGUCAUGGAUCGGGUCGGAAAGAACUACCCACCGCACGGGAUCGUCGUGUGCUCUCACAUUUCGGCGGCGUCCGGAAGAGCUUUUUCGGAUGAAAAGGAGGGGAAAAGAGAGGGGGGCAUUGGCUCUGCGGGAUUUUAGGGUACUGGUCUCCGCAAAACCCUCCGCGCUUCAGCUUCUGUUCUCGAUCUUUUGAUCCCAAUUCUUUCUUGCGCCUCCCGAAGGAAAAAUAACGUUUUUUUGUUCGAAUUUCCUUCGUUUUCUUUCUUUCCGUUUCGAGGUGGAGGUUCCGCUUCCAGAUUCUUGUUUUAAUCUAACAGUCUGGUUCUUGGUUUACCCUGGAGUGGUGGCACCUUUUGUUCCAAAUCUUGUUCUUGGAAGCAGUCGGCCCUUUAAGUUUCCUUCUCCGGCCAUAUUCGGGUUCGUCGAUUGUUUGGAUACAAGUUGAAUGCUGUCGAGGAGGAUACUAUGGAUUGGAUCUCGUUGUGAAUUCUAGAGAAAAGAUUGGAUUCUUUCGUAGCUUUUGAAAAAUUGGGACAUCAUCAGGUUGAAUGCAAGUUAAUAUUGGAAGGCAUUGGAAGUGAAGAUUGAAAUCGGAGCCUAAUACAAGGCUGAAACGUCGAUUUUUGGGUGAUGCACUUACGCCAUCAAUCAACUGAUUCAGCAAUAAGAAACGAAGAGUGCGUGCUUUAGUGGUUCUUAUGGGCUGCAUCUGCUCCAAAGGUAUCAGCCGGGAUGGCGAGACCCACCGAAUAAAGUCCUUGAAGCGGUUCCUCACACUCUCGAAGAAAGGGGUGGUUGUGGCAGCUAGAGUCGAUGUCGCUAGUAACGGAAACCCUAUGGUUGCGACACAAGAUAAUGCGGUGACCAAUUCCCUGCCUCCACUGAUUGGUGAACGUGGGAAGACCGCUGCAGGUGGCGGGCUCCAGAGACGGGUUACCCUUAAUGCUGGGGCAAAUAGAGAUAGUUCUGAAGCUGUGGGUGUGCCAAAUGAGGUGGAAGGAAGCUUAGAAAUUGUUGAUGUGCCAAAUCGGUUCUCCGGAGAACAUGUUGCUGCAGGCUGGCCUUCUUGGCUAACUGCUGUUGCUGCAGAAGUGAUAGAUGGGUGGAUACCUCGGAAAGCUAGUUCCUUUGAGAAACUAGAUAAGAUUGGACAAGGGACCUAUAGUAAUGUGUAUAGAGCCCGUGAUCUUGAAAGUGGUAAAAUUGUUGCACUUAAGAAAGUGCGAUUUGUUAAUAUGGAUCCUGAAAGUGUCCGCUUUAUGGCUAGAGAAAUUCAUAUUUUGCGUCAGCUUGAUCACCCAAAUGUUAUAAAGCUUGAAGGUAUAGUUACAUCACGAAUGUCAUGCAACCUGUAUCUUGUUUUCGAGUACAUGGAGCAUGAUCUCGCUGGACUUGCUGCAAGGCCUGGUUCCAAGUUUACCGAACCACAGGUGAAGUGUUAUAUGCAACAGCUACUUGAAGGGCUUGCCCACUGCCAUAGUCGAGGGAUUCUGCAUCGGGAUAUUAAGGGCUCAAACCUUUUGAUUGACAACAAUGGCAUUCUUAAGAUAGCAGAUUUUGGCCUAGCAACACUUUUCAAUCCUUAUCAGAAACAGCCAUUGACAAGCCGAGUGGUAACAUUGUGGUAUCGGCCUCCUGAGCUUUUACUUGGUGCUACAGAGUAUGGUGUUGCUGUUGAUUUGUGGAGUUCUGGCUGCAUACUUGCAGAGUUGCUUGCAGGGAAGCCCAUCAUGCCUGGAAGAACUGAGGUGGAACAACUACACAAGAUUUUUAAGCUCUGUGGAUCACCAUCAGAUGAAUACUGGAAAAAAUCAAAAUUGCCUCAUGCAACCAUUUUUAAACCUCAGCACCGAUAUAGGCGCUGUGUUGCAGAGACAUUUGAAGAUUUUCCUUCAGUGGCUUUAACUCUGUUAGAUUCCCUUCUUGCAGUAGAACCAGCAAACCGUGGAACUGCAGCUUCAGCCCUUUCAAGUGCAUUCUUUAAAACCAAACCAUUUGCCUGCAACCCUUCAAGUUUGCCUAAAUAUCCACCAAGCAAGGAGUAUGAUGCUAAACUUCGGGAUGAGGAAAUUAGAAGGCAAAGAGCAGAAGCUACCAAAAAAAGGUCAGAGUCUGCAAGACCAGGAAGACUAGAAAUUAAAACAAAGCCAAUGCCCGACGCAAAUGUCAAGCAACAGAAGAGAAAACCACAGGCAAAUCCCAAAACCAGCCAUGAGAAAUACAAUGCACAAUAUGAUGAAAGUGGGUCUGGGUUUUCAAUUGACCCUCCUGUGGGAACAGCACAAAAUGGCUUUUAUCAUCCAGGAAUGCAAGCUGGUGGAUUUGGAUCCUCCUUGACCAAGGAAGAGAAUCAGGAAGAGCCCCAGGUUCCUGGACGUUCAUAUAGUUCCAUGGGAGUGGCAAAUGGCCCUCGGUUGCAGGCACAGAGAUCUUAUAUGCCUUUAUCAGGAGCUGCCUUCUUCCCAGGUUCAGUGGCAGCAAGAAGCACUGCAAACUCAAGAUACAAUCGGCUUGAUGUGGCUGAGCCAUCUGACAAGCAUAUACUUGACAGACCUGCCUCCACCCAUAAGAAAGAUGACAGAACAGCGAGCAAGGGUUAUGGUCCUAGGAACAAAAAAAUCCACUAUUCUGGACUAUUGAUGCCCACAGGAGGAAAUGUCGAAGAUAUGCUCAAAGAACAUGAGCGGCAGAUCCAACAGGUAGUCCGCAAAGCACGCCUUGAUAAAGUCAAGUCCAAGAAAAAUUUUUAAGAAGGAUGACUAGUGUCCUCCCAUGGCAAAAGAUGGUUUUGAGUCAUGUAUACAUCGUAUGAAUGAAUAUAAAGGGAGGUAACA